GCUGUUUAGUCCUCUCAAUCAGCAAAUAUUUCCCAUCUGUUCUGUAUUGGGCCAAAUAAAAUCUAGACUGGUUCCUCUGUAAAUAUAAGAAGGAAACCCCUGUUAAGUUUUCCCAACUUUGUAGAUCUCGUAUUUGUGAAGCCGACAUCAUGAUUAAGCUUUUUUCUCUUAAACAACAAAAGAAAGAUGAAGUUCCAGGUCGGGCAGGAAAUCAAAAGAAAGCAUCCGCUGCCCAGCUGCGUAUCACCAAAGAUAUUAAUGAGUUAAAUCUACCCAAGACUUGUCAAAUGGAAUUUCCUGACCAAGAUGACUUGCUGAACUUCAAAUUAAUCAUUUCUCCAGAUGAGGGUUUUUACAGAGGAGGGAAAUUUUCUUUUAGUUUCAAAGUUGGUCCUGGUUAUCCUCAUGAACCACCCAAAGUGAAGUGUGAGACACAGGUGUAUCACCCGAACAUUGACCUUGAAGGUAAUGUGUGUCUUAACAUUCUACGAGAGGACUGGAAGCCAGUAUUAACAAUCAACUCCAUAAUUUAUGGGCUGCAGUACCUUUUCCUGGAACCCAAUCCAGAAGAUCCAUUGAAUAAAGAAGCUGCAGAAGUACUUCAAACAAACCGGCGAUUAUUCGAAACAAACGUCCAAAAAUCCAUGCGAGGGGGAUAUGUUGGUUCGGUUUAUUUCGAACGAUGCUUGAAAUAACAUCCGAAUCAGAUACAACAAAAAACGAAUGGCUCUUUUCAAAUUUGAUUUCAAACGAUUUUUAACAUGGAAAUUUUCAUGUGCAGAAAAAAUAAACAUCCGCGAGUUUUGCGUUCCAUCA